UAUAUAUUAUCUUAUAUGCAUGUCUAUCCAUCUAUCGCAGUUAGCAUUGCGUAUUUGAAAUUCAAUUCAAGGCUUGUUUCAAUAUAUUUUUUUUGUUUUUUCUUCACCUCAAAGGCAAAGCUAAUUUUAAUUUUAUAUUUUCAUAUUCGAUGUUUCGAAAUAUUUUCCUGAAUGACUUUUAAAGCGAACUGAAAUCGAAAAUCUCUUAAAAUUCUUGCUUAAUUCUCGUUUUUCUCUCCGCUUACGUUUUUUAAUUGCCCUUCGUGUUUAUCAUACCAUAAUUGGAUCCGAUUUCCAUAACUUUUCCGUCGAAAUGCUUCUUACGACAAACCAACAAUUUGUAAAUAUUAAUAUAAAAUUUUUUGUUAAUUAUUUUACAAUUUUUAUUUUCACAUUCGGGAAACGCAAAAGAAACGCCGAUCUCAAGAGACAGAAGAUGGUGGCGGUGGUGACGGUGGCGGCUCUCCAUAUAAAAAACAACGUAAAUUGCAUAAUGAUAGUUACGAUUAUAUUAUAAAACGUGGAGAAAAGUUAUUAGAUCGUUGAUAGGUAAAGGCAGUUUCGGUCAAGUGGUGAAAGCUUACGAUCAUGAAGAGAAAGGUUUUGUGGCGAUAAAAAUCAUAAAAAAUGAGAACCCGUUCUUACAUCAGGCACAAAUUGAAGUGAAACUAUUGGAAAUGAUGAACCGUGUAGAAGGUGAAAAUAGAUCUUAUAUAGUUCAGCUCAAACGACAUUUUGUGUGGCGAAGUCAUUUAUGUCUUGUUUUCGAACUAUUAUCCUAUAAUUUAUACGAUCUGUUACGUAAUAGAAAUUUUCGUGGUGUCUCGCUGAAUUUAACGCGCGAGUUCGCUCAACAAUUAUGUAAUGCUUUGUUAUUCUUGAGUUCUCCCCAAUUGAACGUAAUACAUUGCGAUCUGAAGCCCGAAAAUAUACUGCUUUGCCAUCCGAAACGUUCAGCUAUAAAAGUGAUCGAUUUCGGCAGUUCAUGUCAGUUGGGUCAAAGGAUAUAUCAGUAUGUCCAAUCACGUUUCUAUCGUUCACCCGAAGUCCUAUUGGGUAUACCGUACAAUAUGGCCAUUGAUAUGUGGUCCUUGGGUUGUGUUUUAGUAGAAAUGCAUACGGGUGAAUCUUUAUUUUCCGGUUGCGAUGAAAUCGAUCAGAUGACUAAAAUUGUUGAAGUAUUGGGUAUGCCACCUAAAUAUUUAUUGGAUCAAGGAGAAAAGACUCAUCAAUUUUUUGAUAAAAUUGUUUUGGACGGUUCUUAUAUACUGAAGAAAAGUGAAAACAGCCGUAAAUAUGAACUGCCCGGUUCCAGAAAGUUGCACAAUAUAUUGGGCAUCGACAUAGGUCGCUCAGGUGGGAAACGGACUGACGAAUCCGAGCAUUCAAUGACCGAUUAUUUGAAAUUUAAUGAUUUGAUAUUGCGAAUGUUGGAAUUUGAUCCAAACAUACGUGUCACGCCAUACUAUGCUUUGCAACAUAACUUUUUUAAACGUGCUGCGAACGAAAGCACCACUGCCUAUUGCCUCAAUUCGGAAUCAACGGACAAUACAGGAAUACCGACUUCGUUUAACUGCAAAGCAAUACAAGAACAGUUCGUAGAUCCAGAACAGACCACUCAGGGUCUUCUUAUGCAUGCAACGCCGAGCCAUCCGUCCAGGAGCUUAUGUAGCUUAACAGGAUAUGAUGGGGUGGGCGGCGAAGAUUUUAACAGCCGUGGAAGCAUCAGUAACAACAACAACAACACUUCAUCACCAAGUAACAGAGUUAGUGAAACAGGAGGAAACUUUAAACAUACAAAUGUAAUGCUGAAGUCGGUAUAUAGAAUGCAGGAUCUUCAAUAUGAGCAUGAAGAUGAGAGUGUUUAUUUGGCCGCAUUAAGGAGUGUAUUGCCACCAUCUACUGCCAAUACUAAUAGCAAUUUUUUUGCUCAAGCCGCGGACACCAGUGAACAUCAUCAUCAGAUGCGAUGGUGUCCACCCCUUGUAAUGAUAAAUAAUCUUUCCCCCAUUUGGGAAGAGGCUUGCAAUGAAAAGGCUAUCGAAAGCAAUAACGCGAAUCUUGUUACUUCCACCUUACCUACAGAUGCAAAUUGGAGCUCUAAUAGUAACUUGGUUCAAACAAACGCCUUCAUGGAAACUUUCCAUGCACAUCAACAUCAGUCAGGUGAAGAUGAAUGCGUAAAGUCAUUGUUCCCAAUCAAUCCACAUUUAGCAAAUCUUCAAAAUUAUGCACUCUCUUCAUUGCCUGUGGGUUCAGCUAACCUUCCACAAACGGAGACAUCUUCUCAUUUAGUGACAACGGAUUCAAUUAUAAAUACUAGGAUGACUGGAAUUAAUUCUGUCUAUAUUAGGUCGUCCGCUAAUUCGUAUAUUGACAAAAUGCCAGCAACAGCAACAGCAACAGCAGCAGAUAGUUCAGUUUUGCAACAAUCAAAAGGACAAUUACAGCAAUACUGGAGCUCUGAAGUGCAAAUGCUAGAAGAAUAAUGCAGCGAUAUGUGUUUGUCUGUUAGCAGCGGCAGCAGUAGUAACAGCGGAGAAAACAGAAGCUGCAAUAGCGAUUACGGUACCUCGAGUGACGAUACUUCUUCACUCAUGAUGAGUGUCUUGGGUCAACAGAGUCCUCCAGUUAAUAAUUAAUUAAACUUUGUACGUUAUUUAGUGUGAGGGACGGGAGAGUGGGUGAUUCUCCGAAGUGUGUACGUAUAUAUAAAUAUUUACUAUAAAGACUUUUGUUUUUAAUUUUCUCGGCACUAAAACUGUACAUAUUUUUCCGCUUUUCGGAUUGUAUUUAUUAAAUACUUUUUAUUGUUGAAGAAAUUUUGAAAGCUAAAAUUUAUGAAAGCUCGUGUCUUCGUUUAGAGGAUGUUUGAACAAUUUUUUCUAUUACGAUUAUUUUCGUUAUAGUUAUAUAUAUAUAUAGUUAUGUUUAGUAAGCCAUUUCUAAUUAACUUAAUUUUUGACAUUUAUGCACAGAUCAUGGAUAAGCAUUAAACGAUUUUAAUCUGGAUGAGAUUGUCAUUCGACAUAAUUGGAACCAGCUUUAACUUUGUAAACAUAUUUUCAUAGUCAAAUCCUACAUUCCUAGCUUUAGAGUAGACGUGAUCAGUCCACCGCAAAACAAAAUCUCUAAAUUAUUGUCGCCGAUAGCUUGGAUUUAUAUCAAUCGAUUCGAUCUAAAGGUUUGAUACGUAUUUGUAUCAAGAUUGGCGUUGACAAUUGCAAGAUUCUUUAUAGCUUUCAUUUUUGAUUCAUCAUCUAAAAUUCGCCUCAAAUCAGUGUUGAAGAAAGCUUUUUUUUAUACUAUAUGAUCGUAUUAAAGGCCGUUACAAGCUUUCUUUUACUAUAAAGCCGUUCAUCAUUCAUUACAUUUAUUGUACGGUCUUCCUUAGUACACUGUACGUACGUUAAUAGUUUAUUUGGCUUUUGAAAUUUCUCUCUUCGUC